UAACGGAUCGCCAGUGGAGAGUUAACCACGCCCCCAAAAAGAAAGGGAGAUAACUCUCAAAAGGUCCGACAACAUAGCUGUCAAAACCAACUGUCAAAAUGGCAGUCGUGAUAUCGUUUAGAGACAUUCCCGAUGAUAUUGGCCCGAAAUAUUUGCCUUAUGAACCUACUUUGCGGCAAAAACAACGUGGAGUGGCUUUUAGUUCGGCCUCAUACCUUCAUUCCGUUACUUUCCAUUCAUGUUGUGAUAAUAUCGUGUCAAUUUGCGGGAGGAUUUAUAGAAGUCAACGGAAAACCGAAGCUCCUCAUGUAAUCAACUUGUCCCUUGACAGAAUUCACAAAUCGUUCACUGACGCCCAUUGUAGCUGCAAAUGUGGUGCAAGUGGAAAGUGUUCCCAUGUACUGGCACUUGUCCUGAUACUGGAAGGCUGGAAGAUAUCAGGCUAUCAAGCCAUUCCUUCACAGCCCUCUUCCACUAGCCUGCCUCAGCAGUGGGAUAAACCAAGGGGACCAAAGAUUGAAUCUGAAGCAGUGUCACAGAUAAUUAUUGCCAGGCCUGGAAAUCUUAAUAGGAAAAGGAGACCUGUGAUGGCCACAUUCAAUGACAACAGGAAAGUUCAAAUACAGGAGUCUGACAUGUCUCUGCUGCACAGUAUGAAGAGAUUCCCUAUUUCAUACCUGACAGAUACAUGUACCAGCACCAGUCAGACAGUUGACACACCAAUAGGUCCUCAGGUUGUUGGAUCAACUCUUGGACAUCAAGCACCCUUAAUUAGACCAAUAGUGGUUCCAAAGAUGGAGGACAGGUGCGGUGAUGUCACAUUUCCAAAAGAUGACAACUUACCCGAACUGGAUUCAAUUGCAACUUUAAAACAUCAGUGGAAAGAUUUAGAACUUUCAGUUGACGAGUCCCAUAAUUUAGAAAAAAAUACAAGAUCUCAAAGCAAGUCUGAUUUGUGGUACAAAGCGAGGAAAGGGCGAAUUACUGCUUCAAACUUUGGUCUGCUUAUGACUCGCAAAAACAAAUCAAUGACACAUUUAUCAGAAACACCUUUGACAAAAAGAAAUUUUCCUCCAAUCCAACAACUUAUGGGAAUUCUAAUGAGAAAAUAG